UACCAUGAGCCAGACCCUGUGUGAAACACUUCUCAUGUUACAUUACUUACUCCUUGUAGCAAUCUACAGAAAGGACAAGGAAGUUUGGAGAUGGUGGAGUAGGUACACAAACUCAGGCCAGUCUUCUCUACUAGUGUGUCAACAGAAAAAAAGCCAUAUUAUGUUAAAUAAUUUAAAGAAGUUUAUUUAUUCUGAGCCAAAUUUGAGGGUAUAACCUGGAGCUACAUCCAAGAAGCCUUGAGCGGCUUGACGCCUGUAGCUCAGUGGCUAGGGUGUCAGCCACAUUCACUGGAGGUGGCGGGUUCGAAUCCAGCCUGGGCCUGCCAAACAACAAGAACUAGAACCAAAAAAUAGCCAGACAUUGUGGUGGGUGCCUGUAGUCCCAGCUACUUGGGAGGCUGAGGCAAGAGAGCAAGUGGACUUGGGCGAUGGGGGUUACAGUUUUGUUUUACACAUUUCAGGGAGACAGGAAUUACAGGGAAAGUCAUAAAUCAAUACAUGGAAGACACAUUGGUUUGGCUGGGAAAGGCGGGAUAUCUUAAAGCAGGGGUUUACAGGUAGGUUUAAAGAUUUUUUUAGCUGACAGUUGGCUAAAAGAGUUAAGCCCUGUAUAAUAGACCAGAAGUUAGCGGGAAAAAUAUGCUAAGAUGUGGGUCUGUUAAUCAGAGACAAACUGCAGGACAUAGAUCUAGACUCAAGUGGUUUGUUGUGUAUGUUGAGAACUUGCAAAUACAUGUUGCAGAGCCUGACGCUUGUUAAUAAAUUACAAAAGACAUCUGUAAGAAGGUAGGAGGACAUGAUGAGGCAUGUCUGAUCUCCUUUCUCAUGGCUAGCAACUUAGUUUUAGGGGAUCCUCUUGGCCAAGAGAGGAUCCAGUCAUUCAGCUACUGGGGGGAAACCUUAAGAUUUUAUUUUAGUUCACACCUUUUUACUCAUUUGGUUCCUUCAGUGUCGCCAGGGAUCCAGAUAAUUAACAAUCUCAAGUUUGAGACAACUGUCAUAUGGUUGGUUCUAGAGUUUCCAAUGUGUUUUCAUGAUGGUGACUUUUAAUCUCAGUGGUUGAGAGGCCUGCACUGGAGACAAGAAGCCAGGCACCUGCAUAAGCCUCUGACUCAGAGCUCCUGAGCCCACAGGUUGGUCUGAGAGCCAGAUACCUCAGUCACUACAGCUCCAUGGGCAGCACCUGCAUGGAGUGACAGAGUGUGCUGGGAAGGAAAAGAACACAAUGCUCUGAUAAAGUGCAAUGGGGGACCUCAUCCAGCCUGCGGACGGGGAGCUUUCCUGAGGAAGGAAGCUUUGGGUAAAGACCCUAGAGGGGAGCUGUGAGGAUGGCACACCUGCUGGGCAGCCAGGCCUGCAUGGAAAGCCUGCGCAAGGACCUCACUGAUCUGCAGGGCGCCAUCGUAGAUGUGUUCUCUCGUGCUGGGCCCGUGCGCUUCCCCUCAUGGAAGUUCCCUGACCAGGUGGCCUGUGACCUUGACAUGGUAGCCUUGCUAGAGCACUAUGACCAUGUGCCAGGUGACCCCGAGUUCACGCAGCUGUCCCAUGCUGUACUGCUGGAGCUGGUCAUUGACAGGCUCCUGCUGCUGCUUCAGAGCUGUGCAAGCUACUUGGAGAACCUUGCCUCGGAGCAAAUGAUGCCUUCCGCUGGGGCUGUGGGGCCCUGCAUGUCUGUGGGGCUCACAGUACGACGUUUCUGGAACAGCCUGCUAAGGCUGGGCAUGCUCUACCAACAGGCAGCCCCCCAGAAAAAGACAAAGCAAGGGGAAGCCCCAACCUCCAAGUCCACAGCCAAGGGCGAGCCAGCCAAGAUCCUUGAACGUAUGACUGCCAAGUUCUUCAAGCCCCCCUCCCCAGUGUUAGGAUUGCCUCAGACCUGCCAAGAGUUGGAGAGCUUCCCUGUCAGAGUUUCUCUGCAGUGUCCAACCAUGACCUCCAAGAAUACCAAGAGCAUCCACUCCCAGACCAUUGAGACGGCCCUGGUGCCCUGUGAUGCAUGCAUCAGUGUCCAGGGCAGUCUGCAGGAGGUAGGCAAGGUGGUCAUCAGCCUGUGUCAGAGCCAGAAUUUGCCCUCAUCCUUAGCCCAAAUCCAGCAGCUGGUGCAGGACAGCAUGGGACUCAGGCCACUGCCAGCUGCCACUGUGAGCCAUUGGGCAGCAGAGCAGAGCAAGGACCUGACGCGUCUCAGUAAGCAUAUGGGGACCCUCUCUCAGCUUGUCAGCCCCCUCAGGGCCCAGCUAGAGGAGGCUGAGGGGCAGAAGGCUGGACUGAGAAAGCAGGUGGACAAGCUGGAACAGGCGCUGCAGCAGGAGGAGGGGGCACGACAGCAGCAGGCAGAGGAGGCUGAGCAGUGCCUGGCUGAAUGGGAGCAUGACAAGCAGCACCUACUUACAGAAAUAAGUGACCUAAAGAUGAAGGUGGCUGACCUGGGCAGGGAACUGAAGCAGCAGCAGGAGUCCAUGCAGGCCGUGGAGGCAAAGGCCCAGCAGCUGCAGGAGGAAAGUGAGCGCAGGGUGGUGGCUGAAAGGCAAGUACAGCAGCUGGAGGAGCAGGUGCAGCUGCUGGCAGGACGGCUAGAGGGGGCCAGCCAGCAGAUCUGCUGGGCUAGCACAGAGCUGGACAAGGAGAAGGCCCGUGUUGACAGCAUGGUCCGCCACCAGGAGUCCCUGCAGGCCAAACAGCGAGCUCUGCUGCAGCAGCUGGACAGCCUGGACCAGGAGCGUGAGGAACUGCGGAGCAGCCUGGACAAGGCAGAGGCCCAGAAGGCCUGUGUAGAAGAGCAGCUGCAAGAUCUAAAGGGCGAGAAGGAGCAGGGAUGGUGCCAGCUCCAGGCCCAACAGGAGUUGCUGCAGAGCCUGCAGCGGGAGAAGCAAGGCCUGGAGCAGGUGACCACAGACUUGCGGCUGACCAUCUUGGAGCUGGAGCAGCAGCUGAUGGAACUGAGGGAGAGGGAGCGGCUGCUGGUGGCCUUCCCGGACCUGCACAGGCCCAGCGAGGCCCAGAUCCAAAAUUCUGGCAAUGUCACAGAUGACAUGGAGAAGCAAGUGAAGGCCAAUGACAUCCGCAUCCGGGUCCUGCAGGAGGAGAAUGGGCGGCUGCAAUCAAUGUUGUCUAAAAUCCGGGAGGUGGCCCAGCAGGGGGGCCUCCAGGCCCCUGGGCAAAUGGCACCCUCCUGGCAGCAGGACAGGCAGUGCAAGCAGAACCUUGCCAAGCCAGCCUCGAGCAUCCUCACCUCGACAGUCCUGCAGCCGGCCCAGCAAAUCCUCUCUGGAGGAUGUGACCAACUCAGCCAUCUGUGCCCAGAACCCUAUCCGGGCCUUGGCCAGGCUGAGGAGGAGACUAUCACCAGGCCGGGGCCAGGCCAGCUCUGCACACCAGCCCCAGGAACGACCCAUGUAGCCUACAGUGGACUGGGGAUGGAUGGCAGGUGGCUGGCAGCCCAUCCACUGUUAAUAAAGCUCCUGCCAUCUACCCACAGCAAUCCUGGCCUCACAGCAUGGCUGAGUUGGGGGAAGAGUCCUUCCAUCCCUAUCCUGGGCAUAAGCUACUGCAUCCCCAGCCAUGCAGGUCAUUGGCCAGCAGAGUCCUGGCACUAUGAACCUCAGAAAAUGGGAACUUCUUGCCUCCCUCCUGACGUAUGGAAGAGGGGAGUACACCAAGGGCAAAAAGAAGGUUUUAACACAUGGGCCAGGUGAAAGGCAGUCUUUCUAUCAUCACAGCAAGGGCCAAGUGACUCAGUGACUGGCACCAACCAAGAGGAGCAGGUUUGGAGGUGUGAGAGAAGGGCCAAUGAGGAUACCUGAGACAAGGAGUUGGAGGCUGGUUGCCAGGCUUUGGGCUCACAGGCAGGCAGAGGGCAGCAAUAACUUCAGCCUCCCACCCUGGCUCUGAUCCUGGGGCGGGGAUAUUAAGAGCCCAAAAACACCAGGCUCCCUCUCCCUGGAACAUUCCUUGCAGUUAGGAAAUGGUGAUAGUCACAAAGGGUUUCUCUAAAUCCCAGAAGUCAGAGCCCCAGGAGGCUGCUCAAGACAGGCCUGUCCCUUGAGGCCCACCCAGCCCAGGAUGCCAUGUGGCUGGGCACUGAUACCACCAGGUACACCAGGCACACAGCCAUCUAGUUUUCUUCUGGCCUGUGCUGAGUCACCUCUGUGAAGAACAGACUGUCAGACCUUGCUCAGGACUUCUCAGGGCACACACUCCCAGCUGUCCAGGACAUUCUCCCUUGGUGAGGAGGCCACUAAGCAGAGCACCUGAAUUAAGAGAAGUCAAGAAGGGCUGUGUAGAGCUGAGCUGGCACAGCUGGGUCUGCCUAGCUCCAGCCCUCAGUGUGGCUCCUUGAGCAGGAGACUUGUGCCCACAUCUAGUGGGAGGACCUCUUAUAGCUGAGCAACUAACUUUCUCAGGCCUCCAUCAACUUGGUGUCCAUUAACUGGCUCUCAGUUCUGGAAGUCAGGCUCUGCAUGGCUGAGCUAUCUGCUCAGUGUCUUAGAAGGCUGAAAUCAAGGUAUUAGUAAGUUGUGUUCCCCUGUAACAGCUCUGGGAAAGAAUCCAUUUCCAAGCUCAUGGUAGUUUGGCAGAAUUUUGAUCCUUGCAGCUUUAGGACUGAGGUCCCCAUUUCCUUGCUGCUGGAUGUCAACCUGGUUCUCCCUUGGCCUCUAGAGGCUAUAUACCUUCCUUGCCAGGUGGCUCCCUUCAUUUCCAAGUCAGCAACAGAAUUUCUUUUUCUUUUUUUUUUUUUUCUUUUUCU